AUGGGGAUUUUCUUUUGCCCCCGACUCCGCGCGUACUGGAAGAAACCAGACCCGCCAGGAACGGGGCCUGCGUACCCACUGCAUCCAGUCACUUCGCCUCCAAAUGGAGCUGUGGAAAGUGGUCAGGGUAGUGCUCAAUUCACCUCCAGAGAGGAUGCCGUUCGCUUCUCCUCCUCUGGGACCUCCGCCGGUGGCUUAUCGGAAAAAUUACGCAAGCGAUUCUCGAGAGAACACAAAGGCCUCCAUGAAGCCCCCACGAGGGCCGCGAGGAAAUCGGAAUCCCCUACCUUGCGCGAUCCGUCGAGAUUUGCCAGUAAACGGCUGGACACCAUCUCCCCAGUUGGUUUUGGAAGCAGUUUGAUGAGCGAGAGGGGCUAUGACAGUGACGCUCAGUUCAUCAGCACCCCAAAACAAAUCAAUCGCACGCCAGAUCGCUUGGUCGCGGAAAAUCUCGUACACGAGACAACCUCUCUGUCCAAGCUUCAAUCUCAUCUUGUAUCGCCCCGGAAAGUGAGCGUGGGCUGGAUGUCUGGUGGACGGCGUCUUGGCUAUGGGUACACAUUAGUAUCCGCUGCUGAAGAAAACGACAGGCCCUCAAAAGAACAGUCCGGUCCAUGUGCGAUCAACGGUUCAAGCCAAGACGCGACACCGGAGACUGAUACGCAGACUGAGAAGGCAACCCUUGUCGAGGACCAGCCACAGCAGCAGGAUAUAACGUCGCUUUCGAAGAAAGCAGGAACUGGUCUCGAUAUCUCUUCCAUCAUUGGCCACAUCAAUCUUCGCAGUUGGUCCGGCGCAACUAAUGAAACUGCAGGCGAUGAGUCACUAAAGUCUUCUCUUCUGGGGAAAUUUUCAAAAAGGAAGAAGGAUCACUCCGACCCAGAGCCAUCAGCUGGCGCAAAGGACCCUUGGGAUUUCUGUGCCUGGGUCGAUCCUAACCAAUCUCCAAGCGAGCAACAGCCCCCACAAGCGAGUCCGUCGGCAUCCAGUAUGAGCACAGAAGGACGCGGGAUGUCUCUGGGAAGAUGGUCGACUCUGCGUCGCACCGGAAGUCUAUGGGCCAAGGGCCGCAGUAUGUCUGCGAUGGCGCGCGACCUGGAGGCCAAAGCAACUGCCAAGUUAAACGCAUCGGCCGGGCGGUUCCCAGUGAUACAAAAGAAAGACGGGCGAGCUAUGAAAUUCCGGGUCUUGGAUCGUAAACGCCGAGCCCAAACAGACGAGGAUGGUGAGCCGAUGGUUCCUCUUAAGCAAUGGCCCGGCGGAAAGCACAAGUCUUCUCACGAGGAAGAUGGACCAAGCAGUCCCAGCGUAGACCCGGUUCGCAAGCAGUUCUCGGAACAGACUGGCUCGACUGUAGUCACUGAUGGCUGGGAAAGCAACUAUCAGGAUUGUGAGGAGAUCUUUUCUGUAGGUGAGUGAGUCGAUGAGUAUGUAACCUGUGUGCUGGGCUCGAGGGCUUGAAGACAAUUCUAUAGGUAGUAAACGCUUUGUAUUGAAGACUCGGUGGGCCUGCUUCAGGGCAGACUAGUCAACACUGACCAUGGGAGAGAUAUGACAGGGUUGGAUUGUUGUGUAUUGAUAUCUCGGUUUGUGGCGAGCAAGAAUGCAUACGUUAGACAAGACGCUGG